AUGGCUCCGCAACUGUGGCUCCUCGCGCCGCGGGCGCUGUGCUGCGUAACCCACCGGCGAGCCCUCCCUCUAGCAUCCCCCGGCGCAGCAGCUCCGCUGUGCUGCUUGCGGCCACUUCGAGUCGCUGCCAGGACGCCGGCCGCCGCAGCGGGCUUUGUGCUUGUUGCGUGGCGACACCGCGCGCGCGCUGCCCGUCGCUGCCAGCGCGCCUGCGUCGUCGUCCUGACUGACGCUGUACGUCAGAAGCCGGAGAAGGCCCGCGUCGUACAUGCUUCGGGUGGUCGCCUGCGGCCCUGCGACUCGCCCACCCCACGUCUGCGAGCUGCCAUGCGAGCUCAACGCCCGUGGCCCGUGGUUCUCGAGGCUUGCCUCUUGACUGUGCUCUCCGAUGCUCCAGCGCCUGACGUGCCGCCACACGCGCACCGGCAGCGCUGUGAUCGAUGUCCGCACCGCACACAGUAGUCUAAUUGCACUCCCAGCCGUUGCCUACAUGCACCCAUCCUUCCGCUGUGCCCUUCCUCGGCUGCUCCCAAUCCGAUCGCCCGCAACGCGCCCCAUCCCUACUCGCGCCCACUGCGACGCCCGUCGUCCGCCCUGUACCAGCCUCUCGUCUCGCCGUGCUCCAUUUC